AAGAACUCUUGAGUUUCCCGUCGACUGCCACGUCCGUUGCUAGGUGACGCUCGUCAACACAAAUGUCAAAAACUUUUUCAAGCAUGGUGCAUAACUGUAUAACGUGAAACAGGAGAUAGCAACAUUCUAGUGCACAGGGGGUGACUCACGCGUCUUUUGCAUCGAGUUACGAGGCCACUAACUGUUUAAAAAUUUAUAGACUAAUGUGGACCUGAAUCUCCCUCCCCCUAACAAUCAUUUUUUUCAUUGAGACACGCGGUAUCAAAUAACUUAGUUUGGCAGCUAUAGCAUUCAACAAUGGGUGAUAAAAACAAUGCAGGACCUCCUGUCAUACACUUUUCUUCUUCAGUGGACACUGAACAUGCUGGUACCUUGUCAACCACAAGCUGUAACAUAUAUCCUGCCCUGCCCUUAGAAAACCCAAUUUUACUGCCUGGAUGCAUUAGUGCUGGAUCACCAAUGACACCCAGUGCUCCCCGAAGAAUGGGCCACUUUUCUGCAUUGCCAAGAGUCAAUCUGCCUAAUAUUCGUGUCCCUGAGAUGAUGGAUAUCAGUUCAUAUAUCCCCACUAUCAAGCCACCUGCAUUCUUGAAGGAUGUAUACAGUUUCCCCAUUCAAGUUGGAGAUCAUGUCAACAGAGAAGUACGCAGCAUAGGGAACAACAUUAACAAAAUCAUAGACCGGGGCGAUGUUUUUCUGCAGAAACCCCCACCUUUGCCAGAAUUUACAAACUGGAGCAUUUUCGGUGCACUAUUUUCCAUUUUCGGGUCCUUUUUUGACCACGGUAGUGAUAUCGCUGCAGCUUACGUGCUAUGGGACGAGCCAGAUUCGAUAUGGUGGUUUUCGCUCACCGUUACUUUGAUUGUCGUACCAACAAUUUUUGUGAAUGCUUUCAGUCUUUACUGGUACUGCAACGAAGAUUAUCAAGCGUCUCGACGCAUGUUCUCUAACUCAUCGCGGCCCGGAUUCUCUAAAUGUUGGUGGGUUUUUCGCAUCAUCGUACACAUUCUUCUUUUAGGUCCUAUAUUCAGAUACAUCGAUUUACUUUACUAUGGGGUUAAAAGUCGCAAGUCCCGGCUGCAAAGAAUUAACGUUCAAGGGCCAUACUGUCCUUGGCCAAAGCAACAAGCUGAAAUGAAGAAGCAAGUGGAAUAUUACAACCUGCUUUUACACGAAGAACGGGAUAUAGCCAUCUUGGAGCUUAUGCACAGUUUCAUGCAAGACGCUCCCCAAUUAAUAUUGCAGCUUUACAUUUUGGCAAAACGCCCGCCCCAAAGUACAACAGGAAACGAUUACAUUAUCACGGUCUUGGUUCAAUCGGUUUCAUCGUUAUCAUCUCUAAUGGCGUUGGCGUGGUCCCUGACAUCUUAUCAGAGAACUUUACGUUACGCUGUCCCGGAUAAGCCUCAAAUGAGCGUGGGCGGCUCAGCAUCUACUUUUCUUUGGCACACCUUUCAGGUUGCCUCCCGUGUCCUAGCCUUGGCCCUUUUUGCUAACGCAUUCAAACAAGAGGUUUUUAUUGCACUGGGCGGACACUGGGCACUCAUGAUUGUUUGGAUUUUAGCACAGCGCACAAAUUUUUGUGGAACAAAUGACGGAAAGCGGAAACACUGCGAAGAAUUCUUUUACAAUGUCGUUGUUGGAUGGAUGUUCACGUUUGUCAUGAUCAACGUGAAAGCGGCAGCAACAAGGGUCAAGUAUUCUGUUUAUUACUUGUUGAUGGCGGCUGAAAAUACUACUAUGAUUGUCCUAUGGUUUCUGCAACCUGAGAGUGAUAACCAUUGGUACCACUUGCCCGCACUGAUCGGUACAUGUGUCUCAUUUGUUCUUGGUCUGUUUUUUAUGUUCCUCUACUACACACGCUAUCACCCGGAUGGCAAAAUGCCCAAGAAAAAUGAAUCUGCAAAGUUGUUUUAAUUGCAGGAAAGCGAUUCUUUUCUGUGUCCCUCCGCCUUAUCGAAUCUUUUCGCAUUUUACUCGUACUAUCUUGUUUACAUUAUCUGAUACAUUUUUAUCCUAACUUACUACGUGCCCUGUCAUCUGAAUAAAAAUGGUAAACAUAUGGAAA